CUCCACAUGCACACACCCGCGGCGGGAGGAGGAGCGGCAUCUUCCUCGCCGUCUUCGUUUCGCCAAUUUAAUUCCCCUUGCAUCCUCGCCUCUUUUUCUUCCUCCUUUUUUUUUUUUUUUUAAUUUUAAAUUUCUUGUUAUCCCUUUAAUUAUUUGUCGCGGUGCUCCAGCCGGCUCCCGGCGGAUAGGGUGGAUCGCUUUUCGUGGGAUCCCCGCAGCUCCUGGGGAAGGUUGCUGACACUGUGGUUGCAGUUUAUUCACAAGAUACCAACCAAACACUAGUAUUUGAAGAACCACUUGGAUAGGCAGAGUUCCUCACCCAGCAUGCCUUUCAAAGCUGGAUUAGAACUGACUGAAUUGCAGAAUAUGACUGUCCCUGAAGAUGAUAACAUCAGCAAUGAUUCAAAUGAUUUCACAGAGGUGGAAAAUGGCCAGAUAAAUAGCAAGUUUAUUUCAGAUCGAGAAAGCAGAAGAAGUCUCACAAACAGCCACCUGGAGAAGAAGAAAUGUGAUGAAUAUAUCCCAGGAACUACUUCACUGGGGAUGUCUGUCUUCAACCUUAGCAAUGCAAUUAUGGGCAGUGGGAUUUUGGGUCUUGCUUUUGCCUUGGCCAAUACGGGAAUUGUCCUUUUUCUGCUGCUUUUGAUUUCAGUCACACUGCUGUCUAUUUAUUCAAUACAUCUCCUGUUGGUGUGUUCAAAGGAAACAGGGUGCAUGGUGUAUGAAAAGCUUGGUGAGCAGAUCUUUGGUACCCCAGGCAAAAUGAUUGUCUUUGGCUCUACAUCUCUUCAGAACGUUGGAGCAAUGUUGAGCUAUCUCUUCAUAGUCAAAAAUGAGCUGCCUUCUGCCAUAAAGUUUCUAAUGGGAAAAGAAGAAACUUUUUCGGCAUGGUACGUGGAUGGACGGAUUCUUGUUGUCGUAGUGACAUUUGGCAUAAUCCUCCCUUUAUGUCUCCUUAAGAACUUAGGGUAUCUUGGCUAUACCAGUGGAUUUUCAUUAAGCUGCAUGGUAUUUUUCCUGGUAGUGGUUAUUUACAAGAAGUUUCAAAUUUCCUGUGGUGUACCAGAACUAAAUGCAACAUCUAUCCUAUCAAAUAGCUCAGCACAUGAACAUAUGUGUAAGCCAAAGUAUGUUAUCUUUAAUUCCAAGACUGUGUACGCUUUGCCCACCAUUGCUUUUGCAUUUGUGUGCCACCCGUCAGUCCUCCCGAUUUACAGCGAACUUAAAGACCGUUCACAGAAAAAAAUGCAGUUGGUUUCAAAUAUCUCAUUUUUUGCCAUGUUUCUGAUGUACUUUAUGACUGCCAUAUUUGGCUAUUUGACUUUCUACGAGAGUGUGCAGUCAGAUCUGCUUCACAAAUACCAGAGCAAAGAUGACAUCCUGAUCCUGACCGUGCGCUUGGCUGUGAUUGUGGCGGUGAUACUCACUGUGCCGGUGCUGUUUUUCACUGUGCGUUCAUCAUUAUUUGAGAUGGCCAGAAAAACAAAAUUUGACUUAGGCCGUCAUGUUUUGGUUACUUUUGUUCUUUUGGUUAUCAUCAACCUGUUAGUCAUUUUUAUCCCAUCCAUGAAGGAUAUUUUUGGAGUCGUAGGGGUCACUUCUGCCAAUAUGCUGAUUUUCAUUCUUCCUUCAUCGUUGUAUUUAAAAAUUACACAGCAGGAUGGAUCAAAGUUGACUCAGAGGAUUUGGGCUUCUCUUUUCUUGGUGCUGGGGAUAAUGUUUUCCCUAGUGAGCAUUCCCUUGGUCAUCUAUGACUGGGUACAAUCGGGAGGCAGUGCCGAAGGCCACUGAAGUUCACCUCCUUCUGAAAAGAAGACACCCCUGUUCACUAUACACCAAAAUCGCAACCAUCUGUUCUGUUAUCUAUUCCAUCUUUUGUGAGUUUACUCAAAUCAAAUCCAAAUAAUUACUAUCCAGUACUGAAAAUACUGUUAUGGGUGUAUUUUCUUUGAGAAAACAGACCCAUUUUUCCAACAGACAUAUCGAGUUAUCAGAUCAGUGAUAAGUCUGUGUUAAUUGUCCAUGAAGCUAUAUAGAGCAUUGCUCAUAGGAAUUCAUCUCAAUUAGUUUUCCCCUCUUCCACUCAUGAACUGCAUUGUUUCAUUAUUGUCAUUAGCCCUUCAUCCACAAGUUCUGCUCCUUUAGAGCAGUGGCACCUGUUGCUAUCAAUUCCAACUGGAGUGAUGUCCAUUCACACCCUUCCCUCCCUCUUUUAGCCAAAACUCUGCUCUUUAAUUGUACACAUCUGGUUUGUUGGUUUGUUUGUUUCUUCUGUUGCAGUUUCAGGCACCAUUUGCCUCACUGGGUCAAGUGUAGGAUUGUGGAUACAGGCAUGAAAAGCACCACGAGAGCAUAACUGAGCGUUAUGUAAGCAUAGGUCCCAAAUCCGGUGCUUCUCUCUGGUAUUCUGGUGGGGGAGCCAGCCCCAGGGCUUGGCCUGUUCGUGGCUUUUGGGAACAGACUAUGUGUGUCUUUGUGAUGGGGUGCAGGGAGCAAGAGAAGGAUGGCCACCACCACCAGCCACCGUUCCCCUGGCACAGUUCUGCUGGAGACUGACCAGAACUAGACUUGACCCCAAACCAUGAGUACUUGAGCCUGAAGAGAAGCAGACGUUCAGAGAUUUCCAUGGGAGGUCUGCAUUUUCUUCAGCAUUAAACUGUUCAGUAAUGUCCCGCUGCUGUCAGAAAAAAAUACCAAACUCCAGUUUUAUUAAAACCUACACAUUUAAUCAUACCUCAUGCCUUUUCCAUUCUAGGAUUCAUUUGUACAUACCUUACCCUCCUCCCACUGAAGUCAGCAGGAUCUUUGGCAGCAGUGGGACCCUGAUUGGACUCACUUUCUAGUGGAAAUUGAAAUCUGUAACAUUUCUUUAAAUGAACAGAAAUACUUUUUAGUUUUAAAAGUUUCAUUUACAUUUUUCAUCAAUUCUUCAUAACAAUUAAAUGACUUUCAAUUACUACUAGCAGAAACACUGUAACUUGCAUCUGUUGUCCACAGAAUAAGCAUUUGCCUAAUGCCUUAUAGCUGGUGUAGAGAACUACUUGUAGAGACUCAAAUGCUAAGCAGGUGAUUGUUCACCACCCUGAGCAGACAUCUUCUAUUACUGCACUGCCAGCAGCAUAAAUGUGUGCACUUUGUGUCAUUCACCAUGUGAGCCAAAAAGUGUCUCAGAAUAUGAAUGUGGCUCCCACUGAAAGCACUGAUGGCUAAAGGGAGCCCCUGUCAAGCCCCAGGGCUAAGUGAUGCUCUCAGUAUGCUCGAGCCAUAUCUCUCACUAUGUAGUAACUCUUUUGUUCCCAGUAGUGGUUCAUUGACAACUCCCAUUGUAACUGUGGAAGCACACUGUCAUCAGCUGUGAGGAACCUGUCAUUGCAACUUGCUCUUUUUAAGGUUAGGGAUGGAGUAUUUGGGGUCUUCGGAUUUCUGGGAGCUACUGAAUUGCCUCAGUUGCCAUGGCUUGAAGUCACUGAAAGUUGGGACCACAGAGUGCAUCUCAGAACCUUGAAAGUUGGUUUCUAAGGGUAACAUCCAGAGAGGUUAGUUUGAGGCCUUCCUUAGAAUUUGGGUAUUGAUCUGCAGUGUUCAUGCUGCAGAAACUAAGCCUACUAAGCCUAGACUUCCAGAUCUGUACCUCAGCCCAGGAAGUGAGGAAUCUGCCUCUGAUGAUACUCCACUGUGAUCCAGAAAUAAGGCAGAGUGGACUCCACAGGCUGCCCAAGUCCUUGGAGUAGCCCAGCAGCAAGAACAAAACUGGAAGCCUUCUCCCUUCAGGCAAAGUGACCUGCUAGACUGCAGUGCAGGGUUCCUUUAUUCUUCCUUCCUCCUGGCCCCUGAGACCUUCACUCACAGGCUCCCAGCAAGAUCUCCAGUGCAGCACCCUUUCUCCCAAGGACCCCCUAGCCCAGCCUUUAACACAUGAACUGCUGAGAUACCUGGGACCACUGGGCUAAUGUCCCUUGUGCUUUCCUGUGGCUGGUCUCAGACACUGCGAUGGUGCAGGUCACCAGCUCUCUCUGUGCCAUCUCUUUAUGGGACUGAUCCCUACCCUUAUUCACAAAGAAGUCCAUACCAUAGCCUACAAGACCAGGUGUUAGGCAAGCUCUGGGGAGAAGAACCUAUGCUUUGUUCCUAUCUCUUUGCACCUCACCCACCAGCUUGGCUGUAAGUUUGUGGCUCCUCUUUUGCAGGCACCCAACCCUCAGUGGUCACUGCAGCAGGAGCCCAGCAUCUCACUCCAUUCUCUGACUCAACUUUCUGAGGUCACAUUUCAGGUUUUGAGGUGCCUUAUAGUCUCUCUGGAUCUUAUCCUGAGAAACCUAACUCAGACCUGAGGAUGCUGUACAGUGUUAUCCUUAAGAUGCUCCAGGGCUCUCCUGCUUUCCUCCCCGCUUUAUCCUUCUGCUACUGAUUAAUGAGCAGCAUUGCUCUGUGCAUCAGGGGUUGUGAGAGAGGAGAUCCUGGGAACAACUUUUAAGUACCCAGCUAUGAGCUAGAGGUCUGAUCUGGUGCACAGGGUUCCAGCAAGGUCUCAUCUGUGACAUCUCCCUCCUCUCUGUCCCCCCGAAUAGUCUGUAGUCUUCUGUUUGAAAUACCAACCAUUGAGUUUUGGCACCCAACUUCCUUCAACUGGAAGGGCUGUUGGGUCACUGCUCCUUUUAUAUUCCUAAAUCUCUUCCAUCACUAUUGCUUUCUCUCCUCUUUGCUGUUCUGCCUUCUCCUUUUUCCCAGUUUAUUUGUAUACUGGAGUUUUACUGAAUAAAUAGGGAGAAUGAGCUGAGUGUGCAUAGACUGAAAUUACCCAAGGUACUGGACCACCAAAGCAUAUCUUAGAUACUGAAAAAUAGAUACCCAAAAUAUUAAGUCUUUAAACAGACUUUGCUUCUGGGUCUCUUAACUAGGAAAAAACCAAAACAAAACAAAAAAACAAACAAACAAAAAAAAAUUUUGCUUAAACUGAUUUACUGGCAUCAUAUUUAUAGAUAUUUAUGGAAAGGUAUCGUGUGUUUAUUGAUGUCUGUGGUAAUGAAUGUGAAAUAACGUGCUUUUUGUUUUUUCAUCAGGUUUAUACAUUCUUAACAGAAUGCAAUAGACCCUGCUGUAACUGUCAACAUCAGUGAUGGAUGACAAUAUUUGUUUGAGGUUAUCUGUAAAAUGUACUGCUGUUUUUCAGUUUAUUUGGAAUAGUGAACCUGUAGCCAAUGAUUGUAUGAGUCCCACAUUUUAGCUAGGAUUUUAAAAGCACAGUGAAAUGCUAUAUGAGUUUCUCUGUUAAAUUAAUAGGAUCCAGAGUACCAUAUCUACUUAGUAGGGAGUAGCGUGUUUUCUUUUCAUAGAGAGUUUAUCGCUGUUGUGAGCGCUGCAAAUGUCAUAGACUGGAUGCAGAAUUGCUCCUAAUAACUGCAACAAAAAAACUUUAACAUUCUCAUUUGCAUAAUCACAACAAUCGAGUGGUGAGGGACAAGAAAGGACUAAUUAGAAGCAGGGGCUACUAAUGAGAUUGUAAGAGUUAAUCCUACACUUAAAAGACGGCCUUGCUGCCUCUCCUAGAUCACAGCACAUUGCAAAGAAAAUAGUCAUGGGCUUAAAACGACCGUAAUACUGCUGCCCUUCUCUGUCCCAUGGCACACAUACCUAGUAAGUAAAACACAAUAAAUUGUUAUUCAGGAACAGUAUCUCAGGAGCAGUGACCUCUCUGGGUGAUGCUUGCUUCUGGUCGAAGGGCCAAUGCCAAAUCCAUGCACCAGCACAGACCUUUUGUAGAGCUGACAUGGACCAAGUGGUGCCUGGCCCAUGUGCAGGCCUAGGGCAGAACAGCUGGUCUCAUCCUGUGAGGUCAUGGAUGGGGAUGCUCAUCCGCUCCUGAGGGCUGCUCUUCUGAGGCACAUUUGAACGCACAGCCUGUGCUCCACUUGCAAUAGGUCACAUGUGCAAGUGUGAGUUGGAUGAUCCAUGGGUUGUGUCUGUACAUCUGCCUUACAGUGCAUAAGCGCAACACAGUUCUGAUAUUGAGUAUUAACAGUAACAAUGAUAUCUCUAGCUUAUCUUUAAAUGAAAAGGUUUCUUUGCUUGAACCUUACAUUAAGGCUAAAGAGCAUCUCGGUCAAAACAAAACUCUUUCCAUGUGGUGGUGUCCCACGUCGAGUCCUACUGUCCCACCCCAGUGCCUGUAGGAGAAAGGCACCACAGAAUGUACUCAGCUCCAUCAGCAGCUCCAAGAGAUGGCUUUAUCAACUGGCGCCAGGGUUCUUUCGUAAUCAAGUCCCCAGAGCCCUUGGUGCUGGAAAAUCCUUAUUUCCUAUAACGUACACAAAGAAUGUUUUAUUUGUAUCUAAUGUAAGGAUUUGUGUAACAAACUGUGAAAAAAAAAAAGAAUGAAUUAAUAAAAAGUACAGGGCUGGAAAGGUCUAGAAUUCACAAAUUGUACACAUACCUAUGUUUCUCAAAACAAAUCUAUGCAGUUGUGUUGUAUUGUAGGAAAUUUCGUUUUUAUGUACAUAUAUAUUGUAAAUAAAUAGGAUGCUGUAUAUUUUUGCAGUUGUUUUUCCCCCAUGAUAUAGAAGUGUUGAGAUAGGCUCUGCAUAUUAAGAGUAAUUUAAAUAGAAAUACAAAUACUUUAGCUUCUUAGCAAAAUGCAUAUCCUUUUCUUUCUCCCAAGAGUACACAAGUUAAAUCCUAAACUUGAAAUUACAAUUACGUCACUAAUGUGACAAGAAACAGAAAAAUAAAAGGUCCAAUGAAAUUGCUAGGAUUAAUUGCAGUGCAUGACUCCCUGUUUUCUCAAGAGCAAGUUUGUCAGUCUUCCUGGUAGGUAAAAUAUCUCCCUUGUAAAGGGCCCCUUUGGUAUGCAGGUACCUCUUACCUCCUAAGCUGAGGUCAGGUGGUAGUAAAGUGUUGAAAAGGCUUUAUGCAGAAACCAUGGCAAACUGCAACCAGCAGUUUGACCCAGCAUUAUGCCAUGUUGCAUCCAGGCAUAUAUUUACCCAACUAGGCCAAACAGGUCAGGGCAAAACUUCUGCAUUUCCAUUUUCAGCUAUCAGAAAUGCGUGUACUUCAGAAAAAAAAGUACUACAAGCAAGGGGUGGGCAGCAACCAGAGCAAUUGGAAUUGGUGCCAUUUCUAGCCCCCACCCUACCUGCAGGGUCCUGUGGCUGCUUCUCCACCACAGACCCCGCUGCUCUCAUGCAACCAAAACACUAAUGCCUGAGGAUGCCAAGAGCAUCCCCGGCCAGGGACUGCUUGCACAUCCCACCCUGUGAACAGGCAGAGGCCAGUAUUUUGGUCAUGGGAUAGCUGCAUGUCCAGGGGUGAGGGUGAUGGGAGAGGAAGAGCUGUGUGCAUCCCGAGAGUGCCUCCAUCAAAGGCCUUGUAUAGACUUUCUCACUGGUAAAGCAUGGAAACAUGUCUUUUUCAGGAUUGCUGAAAAAUGGAGGUUAAGGAAGUGCAACUAAAAAUAAUUGUAUUUUUUUUCCAUGUUUACUUUAUGAGCUUGGAUGAAAAUGAAACUUGAAAUAACAUUUGCUUUCACCAUGAGCACAAAUUGAGGAAAAAAACCUACAUACAGUCAGUUCUACAGAGCUUUUCAAGUUAAUACAAGUGUACAUUUUAUUUUCAGUGUUAUAGCCAACAAAAUAUAAACUGUAAAGGUAUUUUUCCACAAGACUUGAACUUUAACUUGUUUAUAGAAACCUAUUUUUAGUGUCCCAAUAUAUGUUAUGGCUCACCCAGAUCCAGUAUGAACAAUGCUGUUUGAAUGAUGUAUGCUUGAUACAAGCUUGCCUGUAAUAGAUUGUUGAAGUGAGUCAUUGGUAAUAUUUUGCUCCUGUUAAUAUCACCUGUUAACUUUGUGCUGCUCAUAUCCAAAUAAACAACGCAGUUUUUCAGUUUCUGUGUGUAAAUAAAAAAAAAUGUAUUGAGUUCUAUAAUCUCUCUGUUAACUCUAUAGUUUUUAAACAUUAAAAUUGUAAUCUAAACUAA